CAAGAAAUAUCGUCAGACGUUCGCGGAAGACGAUGUACAUAGAUUACAAUUCCGAAGACUUUACACGCCUACGUGAUUGCUGAGUUUCGGGAGCAUUUUGUAAUUAAAGCCAUCAAUUCAAGAUACAACUGUGCACGUUUAACUUAACGUACAGAACUCUGUAACUUCCAACAAAACAAUAAGCACUUAUAAACAACGAGAACAACAACCAGAAGCCAAUUCGCGUCCACACAAAUACAAUUACAAAUAGCAGCGACACACUAAAUCCAUUGCCACAAAAAAUAUGGCGAAGGCGAAUUAGUGCAGUCUUGCAAAACUUUAAAAUAUCUACACACAUCACUAAAUACUUGUAUGUAUUUAUAUGUAUGUAUGUUGUGCUCUGCCGAGUAAAGCCAAUCAAAGGACCCGACGCAAAAGAGACAGAGAGAUAGGAAAUUACUGAAAGUCACAGCACACACUCGCCAAAAAACGGUGCAAAGCAAAGAGGGCAAGGAGAGCAAAUAAAAUCGUCGUGUCAAAAGGUGAGAGAGGCGCAUGCCGAGUGUGUGUGGGGGCGCAGACAGAGUAUGCGCUCAGAGUUGCAUUGAAUUGCAAGUAAAGAAGUGCAUUAAAAACAAACAACAACAAACAACAGCAAUAUAAAUACAAAUAUAAAUAGCCAACAGUCAAAAGUCAACAAUAUUUGAAUUGGAAUUAAAGUGUGCGUGGGUUUUGCUGCCGUUGUCGUCGAAGAUUUUGUUAAUUUUACUGCCUGCUGCUGCUGCUGCCUGACAUUAUAAUACAUAUAUAGUAUAAUCUACCUCCAACAAUCAAUAACAAAUUCAAUAAAAACGAAAACCGAGAGCAGCAGCAUUAUACAGAGAGACUGAAAGACAUCAAGCGCCAUCUAUUGUCUAGCGGACGCACAAAACAACGAGCAAAAGGCAUAAAGGGACUCGCACUACAACAACAACAACAAAAACAACAAUAAUAAUAAUCAAAUUGAAAGCAAUAAUAUACAAAACAAACAAUUAAGCACUUGCUGUUGCAUUGAGUGCAUGUGCUGUGUACCUGUGCCGCCGCCUCUGUGGUAGUAGUAGUUUGCUACCGCUCCUCUUCCCUAUCGAACUACUACUCUUCCCACCACCAGCACCAACACCCCACCCUCAAGCGGGCAGCUCGGAGCUCCGGUGGGAGGCGAAUCCGUGACUCGACUAUUUGUCGUCACAUUGCCUUGCCCGCCAAUAUGGCGUGCCUUAACACACUAAAGCAAGAAAUCAAAACACUGGAGAAAAUCUUUCCGAAGAAUCACGAGCGCUUUCAGAUACUCAAUUCCAGCGUGGACGAACUUUUGUGUAGGUUCAUCGAUAAGAAUGGCAAGCGUUACGACAUUCAUGCGAACAUAACGGAAACGUAUCCGUCGUCGCCGCCAGUUUGGUUUGCCGAAAGCGAGGAGACGAGCGUUACAAAUGCCGUGCAAAUCCUUAGCAAUACAAAUGGUCGCGAUAAUCACGUGAUUAAUCAGGUUGGCAUAUUGCUGCGCGAGCUGUGCCGUCUACACAAUGUUCCACUGCCACCCGAUAUUGAUAAUUUGGCGCUGCCGCUGCAAACGCCGCCGCCCUCCGCAUCACCGUUACGCUUGGAGCGUUCUGCUGGCGGCGGGGGCGGCUCGGGGCCGCAUGGCAAUGAGGAGACCGAUUCCGAUCAGGAAGAGAUUGAGGAUCCCAUCGGCGAAAGCGAACAGGAGAGCGAGGGCGAUGAGGAUCUACCAUUGGAAAUGGAUGAUGUCCGUAGUACAAAUAAAAAAGAUGACAUGGAGGUGGAACAUUUAGCAACUCUAGAAAGACUGCGUCAAAGUCAAAGACAAGACUAUUUAAAAGGUUCAGUUUCUGGUUCCGUGCAGGCAACCGAUCGCCUGAUGAAAGAACUACGUGAUAUUUAUCGAUCAGAUGCAUUCAAGAAGAACAUGUACUCUAUUGAACUGGUCAACGACUCGAUUUACGAGUGGAACAUACGCCUCAAGUCUGUGGAUCCGGAUAGUCCUCUACACAGCGAUCUGUUGCAGCUGAAGGAGAAGGAGGGCAAGGAUAACAUACUGCUCAAUAUACUAUUCAAGGAGACGUAUCCAUUUGAGCCGCCCUUCGUGCGUGUCGUUCAUCCAAUCAUCUCAGGUGGCUAUGUGCUCAUCGGCGGUGCCAUUUGUAUGGAACUGCUGACCAAACAAGGCUGGAGUUCCGCCUACACGGUCGAGGCCGUGAUUAUGCAAAUUGCCGCGACAUUGGUCAAGGGCAAGGCGCGUAUACAGUUUGGUGCUACCAAGGCGCUUAGCCAGAGCCAAUAUAGUUUAGCACGGGCCCAGCAAAGCUUCAAAUCGUUAGUGCAAAUCCACGAAAAGAAUGGUUGGUUCACGCCGCCAAAGGAGGACGGCUAAGGAUAGCUUAUUUUUUAAGAUUAAGGAACGGACGUUUGCCAAAUGUCGCCACUCACCCAUUUUAAAACCCACACCUCCCCCUCAGCACACACCACACACAUAGGAGGCUGCAUUCAGCCCCCUGCCCAUCCCGCAGAAGAGUGUCUCAGUAAAGGAGAAAAGAAAACACUAGCAGAAACAGGAGCAGAAGCAGAAGUAGCAACAGGACCAGAAGCAGCAAGCAUUCAACUCGAACCCGCCAUUCAACAUUAUUUAUGUGUGAACGUUGCGCCGUUCACUGUUAAUUUCUGCAAAUCGUGUAUACUUGAUAAAAAAAAAAAAACAAAAAGAGAAAGAGAAAAAAACAAAAAACAAGAAAAACAAAACAACAAAACAAAAAAAAUAAUAAUUUACCUUACGUACUGUUUGUACUAUCAGAAUAAAUCGAACUAAGCUUGUAAUCUAUCAUU